AUGAGCGAGCCUUUGAAUAUUCCAGGGUAUCUAGAUCUCAACGUCGACUUGAUGGCCGAAUCCGGCAGCGACGGUUCAAUUUCCCGGUCAUGCUCGUCUUUUACCAAGUCGUCAGAUGUUCAGAUUGAACAGAUGUCACCAGAUGACCUGGCAGAGUUCUUCGUUGAUAGUCUUCCACAGUACCGCUCGGUUAUGACGGUCCUUGCCGACUUUACUCGGUCGUAUAGGAUGGACGGAAAAGCCUUCUUAGCGAUUUCACGCGACGACAUAGAAACGUUGUUAGAAGUGCAAACUCCCUCUGUUGUCGACGCACUGACAAAGCUGCAAGGAGCAGCUACCGGCCAGCGGCAGCUUAAGCGACGCCCGAAGCUACGAUUGUCUGCAGUAUUCAGUGACUUAGAGGAUGAAAUCCUUUCCGCGAGAGCGACCGACGUGGACGAAGGAAAACAGCAUGGAAUAACUGCUCUAGGAGAACACGAUGGACCGUGGGUAUUUAGCGACGAACAUAUGCCACUUACCGAUGACGGUGUCUUAUUCUCUGGUAUCACUGGGGUUCCAGUAGAGGAAGAUCGUCCUGUUAGCCCAUCCGAUUCAGCAUCAACGCCGUCUUCCUCAAGGAACGUGCCGAUCAUCUUUGACACUAGCCCCGACAUGACCAUCUCACCAUCUACCUUGAUAUCUCCGCAAGCAAUUCUUAAUUCUGGAGACGCAGAAUUCCUGGCCACGCUCGGGGGCCAUACAUAUCCCGAUAUGCCGAAACAGAAGCGUGAGGAGUCACAAAUAACGGAUGCGGCUGGUUUGGAGCUUAUUCCGAUUGAUGAAACUUUAUCUUAUGACAGACCUAUCGAGACGCACGAUGCCACAGCUCGUAAUGGCUCGUCCGUUCCAGAGACCGAGUCGUUCGAGCGGGGAGAGACAACGUAUUUGGGCACCGAUGUCGACCGGUGUGUAGGCGUUUCACAAGCGGAAACAAACUACAACGGGUCGCUCCCAGGUGGGAUCGGUCCAGACCGCCUUAGGGUCUCCGGUGGCCAAGAAGCCCAUAUAAUGAAAGCAAAUGCUGAAGCUGGCCAGAUAACACCUUCGACCCUCUCGUCUCAUGACCAGUUCAGUUCGACGCUUAAGAAUGAUUCCAACCACGAGUAUUCGUGGCUCGCCCUAUCAGUUGAAGCGUCUAAUAAUAAUGACAAACCUCGUCAGGAGCAAUCACUGUCGUUUUCUCCGACCAGUGACGACAAGUACAACAGCAGUCUUGAUAGAUGCGAGUAUUAUGUCCUCGACAAUUCUCCAGAUAGCGGCGCUGUUGACCAGCAUGCGCUAGUCAUAUCAGAACAUGGAUCUCAAGAUCCUCCGAACCAAUCGUUGUCACUUUCCGAUAUUGGCGAGCAAAUAAAGAGAAACAGCCUUUCGUCAUAUAAAUCAGAUGGAUUGGCAAACGCAGCGGUCUUCAACGAUCCCCCCCGGUCCUUUGACAGCAGCCUCCUUACCCCUCCAUCCAGUCACAACCCCUCGGAUGUGCAAUACGUCUCCAAUACAAGAACCGCCGCCUCUGAUCCUUGCGAUCACUGUGCGCCCAAGGGGACCGACAAAUCUCCAGUCACCAUUUCAUCUCCUGGCAUCGAUGCGGGCGGCCGGACUUCUCAGCGACCUUCUCCAGAAACGCUCUCUACACAUGUAACCCGCAUUGCAGGGGACAUAGUAUCCAGGUUCGACGCUGCCAAAAUCGAUGCAACAAUACCGCCAAUAGCAGCUGAUGCGGGCAUCAUCGGCGUCAGGUCAACUGAAAAUAUGCCUCAUGGGCUUUGUGGAACGGCCGAUAGUCAACAAAUGCCCCCGAAGCUCAAAGUCACAAACUCUUCUUUCUAUUCUCCCGAUACCUCAUCUCAGUUAAACAUUGAUCAAAUCGCUGAGGAUCCAUCCGAGAAGGACAAUGUCGCUCCCAUGAGACGCAGCUUUUCAGCGUCGACUGGAGAUAUCUCAUUAGAGUUGGGAAGCUGGAUUGUCGUUCCCGGACUGUCGGCAGAGGAGUCCCAUCGCACACCUCCGUCAGAUGUAUAUCCGGCUCCAGCCAUACCACCGAUCGAUGCAUUAAGCUAUACAAGUGCUGAGAACGGUGGUUUUUCAUCGCGUCUUGCUGCAGACACCUCAUUCACUGCUCAAAUCCAAGCGCUCCCUGAGAUUCCCCACGUGCCUCUAUUUUACGACGGCGAGCUUGAGCUCGGCUUUACCACGCCGACAGUACGAACCCGCGGUCUUGUGAAAGAGUUUGCAUUUUCUUCUCACAAAUGGGAGACUGAUGAACGUCCGUUCUUCGGCCAAUCACAUGGGUCGUCAUCUUUCUUUGAACAACGUAAAUCCAAAUCCGGGAAAGGACAAGGGAAAAAACGAAAAGAUACUGCCUAUCAAGACAAGGUCGUACAAACCGACACGGCACCAGUUGAUCCUUAUGUCGAAGACCCUCGGAUCGUGCAACUCUCCCGCAAAAUGAAUCGCUUACAGAAGGAAAUGGCGACGCUGAAGGUAGAGAAUGAGAAACUCAAGAAGCAGACUUUAUGGUCAAAGCUCUUUUCCCGACCGCCGGUCAAGGAACCUUCCGUACGAAUGACCCUAGACAACGAGCCAGAUGUUAUGCGUAUUCCCCCCUUUCCCGAUCUUCGGUUCGUGACCAUGUAG